AUGGAUGGCGCGGCGGCGAACGGGGGGCAGGCGGCGCCGUGCAGGGCGAGCGGGACGCGGUGGACGCCGACGGCGGAGCAGGUGCGGAUCCUGCGGGAGCUCUACUACGGCCUCGGGAUCCGGUCGCCCAACGCGGAGCAGAUCCAGCGGAUCGCGGGCAGGCUCAGGCAGUACGGCCGGAUCGAGGGGAAGAACGUCUUCUACUGGUUCCAGAACCACAAGGCCCGGGAACGGCACAAGAAGCGCCUCACCACCAUCGACGUCUCCCCCAACAACAACGACAGCAACAACAACUGCAGCAACAAUGCCUCCAUCCUCUCCCUCUCCCCUUCAUCAGGUGCGGCGGCCGGCUUGUACGGCGCCGGCAGCAAUGGCGGUGGCGGCUCGGCUCAUCUGCAGAUGGAUGCGAAUGCGAGUGCUACUUGCUGGGACGUCGGCAGCAACGCCGCCAUGGCCAACGACAGAAGCUUCAUGCAGCUGCUGCAGGAGCAGGACUACAUGGGCGUGAGGACGAGCACGGCCGCCAUGGCACCCACGCCGUGGCCGGCAUGCUUCCCGGCCUUCUCCCCGUAUCAGCCACCGCCGGCGCGGGAGCCCGAGACGCUGCCGCUCUUCCCCACCGGCGGCGGCAGCAGCGGAGGCCACCAAGAAAUCGUCAACGGCGUCCAUGGCGGAAGCUACCAGCUGCUGCAGUCCAACUCCCAGCAGCUGUGCUGGGGGCAGCAACAUCAUCAUCAUCAUCAGCUGCUGCUGCAAGAGCAGCAGAACUACCAGUACAGCUCUUACAGCAGCAACAACCAGCUGAUGAUGCCCACCCAAGACGCAGCAGCAGCAGCCUCCUUGGAGCUCACUCUCAGCUCACAUUACCCUGCAGGGUCAUCCAUGUGAGAGGGGAACAGCACCACCUCACUUGCCUUCUGAGCACUCCUGUCAUUGUCCUAGCUGCUAGAAGCAUAUAUAGAAGCAUGUCUGAAACCUAUAGUGGUAGCAGUAUUAACUCAACUGGUAGUGUACCUACGUAGUGUGGUCCUGAACCUGAGAGAACUGGUAGUGUUGCAUUGCAACUGCAUAUGCCAACAGGUGCAGUUUGAGUUUAGUAGAGCCAAGCUGAACUAGCUUACAAAACAACAGUGUGCAAUUUGAGGUAGCACACAAACAGUUGUGCCAAAGCAAGCCUAGCUUUGUGCUUCUCUCUCCCAUUUUAUGGG